CAUUCCUCCUCCCGGACUCACCUCAUCCCAAUACAUCUUUCCUUCUUUAUCUCUUUGCCCUUUUUUCCCUUUUCAAAGCCGAUCUUCUCAACUUUUUAGGGUUUUGUUUCUUAAAAUGGCAAGUGAGCUUAAGCAGUGGUGCAUGGUGUGUGCUGUGGUGGUGGUUUUGAGUUGGGGUUGGUGGGUUGAGGCUGACCCCCAAGUUCCUUGUUACUUCAUUUUUGGAGACUCGUUGGUGGACAAUGGGAAUAACAACGGGAUCGCAUCGUUGGCUAGGGCUAAUUACCUGCCUUAUGGGAUUGAUUUUCCCCAAGGACCCACCGGAAGGUUUUCCAAUGGUAAAACUACAGUUGAUGUCAUAGCUGAGCUAUUGGGCUUUGAUAAUUACAUUCCACCCUACUCAAGUGCAAGAGGCGAAGACAUACUCAAGGGAGUGAACUAUGCCUCCGCUGCUGCUGGAAUUAGAGAUGAAACUGGGCAGCAACUGGGAGGUCGGAUUAGCAUGAAUGGACAACUAAGAAAUUACCAAACCACGGUUUCGCAAGUGGUAAGCAUACUAGGGGAUGAGGACACGGCUGCUAAUUACCUGAGCAAGUGCAUUUACUCACUUGGAUUAGGAAGCAACGAUUACCUUAACAACUACUUUAUGCCUCAAUAUUACUCCACUAGUCGACAGUAUACCCCGGAGCAAUAUGCAGAUGUUCUUAUUCAGCAAUAUGCUCAACAAAUAAGGACUUUGUACAACUAUGGAGCAAGGAAGGUGGUUCUGAUCGGAGUGGGUCAAAUCGGGUGCAGCCCCAAUGAACUUGCCCAAAACAGCCCAGACGGGACCACAUGUAUAGAAAGGAUCAAUUCCGCCAACCGACUGUUCAACGACAGGCUCAAAUCUUUGGUGGGUGAAUUGAACAACAACUUUCCUGAUGGACGAUUCAUCUACAUCAAUGCCUACGGGAUUUUCCAGGACUUGAUAAGCAGCCCUUCUUCUUAUGGUUUCAGGGUUACAAAUGCUGGGUGCUGCGGUGUAGGGAGGAAUAAUGGCCAAAUAACAUGUCUUCCUUUCCAGACUCCAUGCCAGAACAGGAACGAGUACUUGUUUUGGGAUGCUUUCCACCCGGGUGAAGCUGCAAAUGUGGUUAUUGGAAGGAGAUCCUACAGUGCUCAGUCUUCAUCCGAUGCUUACCCCAUUGAUAUUCGCAGCCUAGCUCAGCUCUGAAGAUGGAGAUAUGCAUGGCUGUGUGGUGGCAGGAGAAGAUGAAGCUUCUCAGUCCUAUUUUGCAACUGUAUUCCUAUAUUGUUAUAACUUAUAAUCAUUAUAUGAUCGUUGUUAUCAUUGCUCCCUUGUAAGAGUGUAGUAUUAUUUUGUUAAUGAGUUGAUGAUUAAUAAUAAUUAUUAGUUACAUUUGCUCAUAA